AUGUUGUUUUCUACACGACCAGUAGCACAAGUGCGUCGUCAUGGCAACAUGUCGGCCUUGGAGGGUGAUGCGGUUAUCAACCCAUCAUCAGCUGUGGAUCUUUUCAAACCAUCCAAGCAAGUUACAAGCACACGGUCACCACCAAAGUUGCUUCGAGGAAUGGCUAUGCAUAAAGCCAUGCAGCAUGUGUACGGCUUACCGGCACCAACGUCUACUACUACUACAGCAGCAACAACAACAUCAUCAUCAUCCUCAUCAGCAUCAUCGGCAUCUUCAUUACCUGCAUCUUCACCAACUGCAUCUUCAUUGUCAUCUGCAUCUUCAUCAUUGGCAUCAUCAUCUGCAUCAUUGGCAUCUGCAUCAACCACAUCAUCAUCAUCAUCAUCAUCAUUGGCAUCUGCAUCAUCCACAUCAUCAUCAUCUGCAUCUUCUUCUUCAUCAUCAUCAUCAUCAUCCAUUGACGAGCUUUGCGAAGCUCUCGACAGGCUCGACAUUUAUGAGCCAGACAUCGACGUGCCGGAUGCUGUUCCUGGCACUCCUGAACCACAAGAAGUUGUAGAGAAUGAGGACACAGCUUCCUCAGAGCAAGCACAGGCCACCCAAGACCUGCCAGAUGCAAUCAUGGCAUCUCCACCACCAUCACCACCACCAUUGCCACCGCUACCACCAACACCAUUGCCAUUGCUACCACCACCACCGCCACCGCCACCAAUUUUGUAUACCCAAGAGAUGCCACAGCAAACAGCCAUCAUCUAUCCGGAAAUCUUGCCGGAGGUAGUAGUAGCAGCAGUAACAGCAGCAGCAGCAUCAGCAGCAUCAGCAAUACCUGUUGCAACAAGCACAGGUACCAGCAACAACCGAUCACGGUUGCAGAUCCGAAGACCGAUUAUCAGGCCUAGAAGUCGCCUACGAUUGCAGAGAAUGAGUGGGAUGCCACUAGCCACACGUCCAAGGCCACGACUACCAAUACGAAGGCCACUAUCACCACCUCCAAGGCCACCGUCACCACCUCCAAGGCCACCAUCACCACCUCCAAGGCCACCAUCACC